AUGAACGGAAUAAACGUAGAUAUAAACCAUUUGAAAAAGGGGGAGGUCAAUUUGGGUACUUCCAUUAUGGCAGUCACUUUUAAAGACGGUGUAAUUUUAGGGGCAGAUUCACGAACUACAACAGGAUCCUAUAUUGCCAACAGGGUGACUGACAAACUAACACAGAUCCACGAUACCAUAUACUGUUGUCGUUCAGGAUCGGCUGCUGAUACUCAGGCUGUUGCCGAUAUUGUCAAAUAUUACUUGCAAAUUUAUUCAUCACAAUUACCAUCGGGCCAGAAACCAACAACCAAUAUAGCUGCCAAUGUAUUUCAAGAAAUUUGUUACAAUAAUAAGGACAAUUUGACAGCGGGAAUUAUAUGUGCUGGAUAUGACGAGAAAUACGGAGGAUCAGUAUAUUCGAUCCCCAUUGGUGGUUCAAUACAUAAACAAGACUAUGCCAUUGCUGGAAGUGGAUCUACUUUUAUUUACGGAUGGUGUAAUGAAAACUACAAGCCAGGCAUGGAGCAAGAUGAAACGGUUGAUUUCAUAAAGACAGCAUUGGCAGAGGCAAUCAAGUGGGAUGGUUCAUCGGGAGGUGUUAUAAGAAUGGUUAUUUUGACGAAAAAGGGAGUUGAGAGGUUGAUUUUUUAUCCUGAUGAGUAUGGAGUGUUGACACAGGCAGCUGAGUAG